AUGAAAACUAGAAAUGGACAAAUAAUAAAUAUGAGAUUAUUUAAUGAACAAAUGGCACCAUUAUUUGAAGUUCUUGAAAGAAUUGUUGAAACAAUGUCAAAUGAACAUUUAACAACAACUAAACAUGAUAUUGAAGUUACUAUUGAGAAAGAUGAUGAUAAAUACGUUUCAAAUGCAGUUAUUUAUGAUAACAAUGUGGCAUUAAAAUCAUUACCAGAAUGA